AUCAUUAGAUGAGUAUAGUCAUGGUUUCAUAAUUCUACUCUAUCUAUAUAUCUGUGUUUGACUUUGUUGAGUUGAUGGAGUACUUGAAGGAACUAGAAGGAAAAAGCAUCCAUGAUUAUUACGAGCACAAAAUAAAGAAGGACAAGAUGGUGGCUCCUCCUCCGAUAUGGGUUCCGGGACCAAUUAUAGUGGGUGCUGGUCCCUCAGGCCUAGCUGCAUCCGCAUGCCUUAAACAGAAAGGAAUUCCAACUCUCAUUCUUGAAAGAGAAGCUUGCUUAGCUUCAAUGUGGCAGCUCAAGACCUACGAUCGCCUUCGCCUUCAUCUUCCCAAGCAGUUCUGCCAGUUACCCCUCAUGCCAUUCCCCAACAACUUCCCUUCUUACCCUACAAAGCAACAAUUCUUGGCAUACCUCAAGGCCUAUGCUGAAAACUUCGCUAUUAGGCCUCUUUUUCGCAGGACGGUCGUUAGCGCCAACUUCGACGCGAGUUUUGGAGGGUUUUGGAGGGUUAAGACGAAGCUUAACAAGAACAAUAAAGAGGAGGAGGAAGAGGAGGAGUAUGGUUGCCGGUGGCUGAUUGUGGCCACCGGCGAGAAUGCGGAGCAAGUUGUGCCCCAAAUUGAAGGGAUGGGUGAGUUUGAAGGGCCAAUCUUGCAUACUAGCUUGUACAAGAGUGGAAGCUUGUUUUCUGGGAAGAAUGUUUUGGUUGUUGGAUGCGGAAAUUCUGGCAUGGAGGUUUGUCUUGAUCUUUCCAAUCAUAAUGCAAAGCCUUCCCUUGUUGUUAGAAACACGGUGCACAUUUUACCACAACAAAUGUUAGGGAAAUCAACGUUUGGUUUAUCCAUGUGGUUGCUGAAGUGGUUCCCUAUACAUAUUGUGGAUCAGUUUUUGCUUCUAAUGUCACAUCUUAUGCUUGGAGACACUUCCCAAUUUGGACUUAAUCGUCCUAAGCUUGGACCCUUAGAGCUCAAGAAUUUGAAUGGUAAAACACCAGUUUUGGAUGUUGGCACAUUAGCUCACAUCAAAAGUGGCAAAAUUAAGGUUUGCCGGGGAAUUAAACGACUAGCACAGCAUUCAGUGGAGUUUGUUGAUGGGAAAGUUGAGAACUUUGAUGCCAUCAUUUUUGCAACUGGUUACAAAAGCAAUGUACCCUCUUGGUUAAAGGGAAGUGAAAUGUUCAGUGAGAAAGAUGGAUUGCCAAGGAAAGCAUUCCCAAAUGGGUGGAAAGGAGAGAAUGGAUUGUAUGCCGUUGGUUUCACAAAGCGUGGGUUGCUUGGAGCAUCUAUUGAUGCAAAGAGAAUUGCUGAAGAUAUUGAACAUAGCUGGAAAGCUUGUGAUGCCACGCAUCAUCUAUUGGACUUCACUUCUCCACUUGCAUCAUCAUGAUCAUGAUCAUGAUGUGAGAUACAAGCUAAGAUACCCCAAAAAAUAAAAAGAAAAAUUCAAAAAGUUUUAUUUAGGGUUAGAAGGAAAAAAUGAAAAAAGAAGAAGGGAUAUUUGGUACAUUGCUUUGUAUGUACUAGCUAGCAAAAUAGAAUGCGCAAAAAUAAGACAACUAAGGAGCUUCAGAAAAAGGAAAAAUGAAAAAAAAAAUGUUUUAUGCCUAAUUUUUGGUUUGGUUUUGGGGGUUGAAAUUAAUUAAUUAAUUGAUUAGGUGCUUGCGAUCAUCAUCUUAGUACAGAUUUGUAUAUCGUGUACAUUAUAUAUUAACUAGUUGAGUUAAUUAGCUAGUUAGCUAGAUGGAUUUUUUUGGAGAAAAAACCGGAGCUGAUGCUAUUUUUUUUUUUAAAUAUUAGGUUUCUUAC